GAAAGUUAUAACCAAAAAAAAAAAAAAAACACUUCUUAUCAAUCAAUGGCGGCGAAGAGAAUCGGCGCCGGUAAAUCUGGCGGCGGAGAUCCAAACAUCUUAGCAAGGAUUUCAAACUCCGAGAUCGUGUCUCAAGGAAGACGCGCCGCUGGAGAUGCCGUCGAAGUAUCAAAGAAACUGCUAAGGAGCACCGGAAAAGCAGCGUGGAUCGCUGGAACAACUUUUCUCAUCCUUGUUGUUCCAUUGAUCAUUGAGAUGGAUCGCGAGGCACAAAUCAACGAAAUUGAGCUUCAAAAUGCCAGUCUCCUCGGAGCUCCACCAUCUCCAAUGCAAAGGGGAUUGUAAGAAUCCCUAUUAUGGAUGGAUUAGGGUUCUCUGUUGUACGAGUUUUUUUUUGUUAUAUGGUGUUUUUUGGAAUUUGAAUUUCGUAUAAGAGUGCUUUACUUCACAUCGUUGGAUUCAAAGUUUAAAGCUUUGGUUGUUUUAUAAUUAUCUUGAGAUUGGUUUGGUUAUCUAUAAUUCUGGUUUCUCUGAUUCAUCAUCCAAUUGAAAUUGUUUCUAUUGCAAUAAGUUAGUUCAAUUUAG